AUGACAGACAGGGUGUACCCUUCGGCCAAGCCAGCUACCAACGGCGCCGCCGCGAACCCGGCUUUCCCGGCGACGAAAGCCCAACUAUACGGCGCCACUCGCCCAACCUACCGCCCGCAGCCUCACCACCGGCGCCGGAGCAAGCGUGGUUGCUGCUGCACCUUCUGCUUCUGGCUUAUCCUCACCGUGCUCGUCCUCCUCCUCCUGAUCGGCGUCGCUGGUACCGUGUUUUACCUUCUCUACCGCCCCCACCGCCCCAGCUUCACCGUGACGUCGCUGAAACUUUCGUACCUGAACCUCACCUCCUCCUCUACCCUGAACUCCCGCUUCGACGUCACCGUUUCCGCCACCAACCCCAACAAGAAGAUCCUCUUCGCCUACGACCCCACCUCCAUCUCCAUCCUCUCCAGCGACGUCGACGUCGGCGACGGCACCGUCCCCGCCUUCGUGCACGGCAAGAAGAACACCACGCUCAUCAAAACCUCCAUCGUGAGCACCGGCCACGCGCUCCAGAGCGACGAAGCCUCACGCUUGAAGUCCAGCAUGAAGAGCAAGAACGGGUUACCACUGACGGUGAACUUGGAAACGAAAGUGAAGGCCAAAAUGGGAAAAUUGAAAAGCCCGAAGGUCGGAAUCAGAGUCUCCUGCGACGGAAUCAGAGUGACUCUCCCCUCCGGCAAGAAACCGGCGACGGCGUCCACUUCGAACGCCAAGUGCAACGUCGAUGUUAAAUUCAAGAUCUGGAAGUGGACAGUUUGA